AUGGGUGCAGCCUCUACCUCUCGACUAUAUAAACAACUUGGCACUCGUGCAUUAGCAUUAAUUGCGGCUCAGUUCGUACUUUUGGCUGCCUUCGUGGCAGUUUAUGCCGAAAUGGACGAUGAGACUGAUUUAAGUGCCGAUUUUACUGCAGCUAUACCAGUUGGAGGAGGAGUCGGACACGGUGGAGUCGGUCACGGAGGUGCUGGUGGACUCGGAGGUUACGCCGUCCACGGUUUGCAUAAAGGUGCCAUCGGAAAACAAGCCUACGGUGCACUGGGACACCAAGCACAUGGACACGAAGGUGUCGGCGCCUACGGUGCUCACGGUCUGAAGAAAGGUUUCGCUGAAGGUGGUUACGGUGGUCACGCCGGUCACGGAGCCGUUGGAGUCCAGGAAGGAGCAUAUGCUGAUCACUACAAAGGUGGUCACACAAAGGCUCUCGAUAAAGAAAGGUUAUACGCUUUAGAUCAAGCCUACGGACAAGGUGGCAAGGCCGCCUACGGAUUAGGCUAUGGACAUCACGGAGCUUAUGGCGCUCACGGAGGUUACGGAGCCGAAGGAGGUUUGGCAGGAUAUGGACAAGGUGCCUAUCAAGGCGGAAAAGGAUACGGCCAAACCACUGUCGGAAAACAGGGAGAACAUCUCGGCGCUUACGGUCUCAACCAAUAUGGUGCUGUAGCAGGCAAAGGUGGAGCUGCAGGAUUAGGUGGAGCCGGGUACGGAGGUCUCGGAGGUCUCGCAGCCCCUUAUUAUGGUUAA